GUAGCAAGUAUAAAUAUGGAAGAUUUCAAUUUGAGAAGUAUGAUUUCGGGUUGCUUAAAGAUGAGAUUUCUAUGUCAAAGUUGUAAAAUUGAGGAAAAUGGGUAAUUGCAGGUCGGGAAGAUUCUGCACUAUAUAAGCAGAUUUAUUGCAGGAUUUGCUAUAGGGUUUGCAAGAGUAUGGCAAAUCAGUCUGAUUACACUUUCCAUUGUUCCUGCAAUUGCUUUCGCUGGUGGCAUUUAUGCUUAUGUUGCCACGGGUCUUAUUGCCAGGGUUCGUAAAUCCUAUGUUAAAGCUGGUGAAAUUGCUGAAGAGGUGAUUGCAAAUGUGAGGACCGUCCAAGCUUUUGUUGGAGAGGAAAGAGCAGUGAAGUCCUACAGAGAGGCUCUUUUGAACACAUACAAAUAUGGAAAGAAAGGAGGAGUGGCCAAGGGCUUGGGUAUGGGCUCCUUGCACUCUGUGCUGUUUCUUUCGUGGGCUUUGCUUGUCUGGUAUACCAGCGUCAUUGUUCACAAGGGUACAGCUAAUGGAGGGGAGUCUUUCACCACUAUGCUCAAUGUUGUUAUUGCUGGCCUAUCACUGGGGCAAGCAGCACCAGAUAUAUCUGCAUUUAUCCGAGCUAGAGUUGCUGCCUAUCCAAUAUUUGAGAUGAUAGAGAGAGCCAAAGUUAGCAAAGCAGGCUCAAGAAGUGGCAUGAAGUUGAAUAAAGUGGAUGGCCAUAUCGAAUUUAGAGAUGUAUGUUUUUGCUACCCUUCUCGUCCUGAAGCAAAAAUCUUUGAUAAGUUCUGCCUGGAUAUUCCAGCUGGAAAGAUUGUUGCCCUUGUGGGAGGAAGUGGAUCUGGCAAGAGCACAGUGAUAUCCUUGAUUGAGCGCUUCUAUGAGCCACUUGCUGGACAGAUACUUUUGGAUAGAAAUGAUAUCAGGGAGCUGGAUCUGAAAUGGCUUAGACAGCAAAUUGGUCUCGUCAGCCAAGAGCCCGCACUUUUUGCAACAAGUAUCAGAGAAAAUAUUCUGUAUGGCAAAGAUGAAGCUACUCUUGAUGAGAUCACUCGUGCUGCCAAACUCUCAGAGGCUAUCUCUUUCAUUAACAACUUGCCAGAGAGAUAUGAGACUCAGGUAGGUGAAAGAGGAAUUCAGUUGUCGGGGGGACAGAAGCAAAGGGUUGCUAUAGCACGUGCUUUAGUGAAGAACCCAUCAAUACUGCUACUUGAUGAAGCAACCAGUGCACUUGAUGCAGAGUCUGAAAAGAGUGUGCAGCAGGCACUUGACCGGGUCAUGGUAGGCCGAACAACUGUGGUUGUGGCUCACCGGCUUUCCACAGUAAGGAAUGCAGACAUCAUAGCAGUUGUUCAAGGUGGGAAAAUUGUGGAAACUGGAAGCCACGAUGAGCUAAUUUCUAAUCCUGUUAGUGCUUAUUCAUCUCUUAUACAAUUACAAGAGACAGCCUCCUCGAUGCCACAUCUUUCCGGGGGGACUACCAUGGAACGACCUUUGAGCAUAAAAUAUUCCCGAGAACUAUCCUAUAGUACAAGUAUAGGUGCGAGUUUCCGUUCAGAUAAGGAAUCAAUUCGAGGAGACGAUGGCGCAGAGCCUGUCAAAAAGUCAAAGAAGGUUACAUGGGGAAGGCUUUUGUCUAUGGUGGGACCAGAUUGGAUUUAUGGCGUCUUUGGUACUAUAUUUUGUUUGUUGUCUGGAGCGGAAAUGCCACUUUUUGCUCUUGGAGUAACACAGGCUCUGGUGUCAUAUUAUGAAGUGUGGGAUGUCACAAAGGUUGAAGUCAGGAAGAUUGCUCUGCUAUUUUGUGGGGGUGCUGUUGUAUGUAUUGCCAAUCAUGGUCUUGCUCACUCUUGCUUUGGAAUUAUGGGAGAACGACUUACCCUUCGUGUUCGGCAAAAGAUGUUCUCUGCUAUAUUGAGUAAUGAAAUUGGAUGGUUUGACGACUCAAGGAACUCAAGUUCAACUAUUUCAUCACGUCUAGAGAGUGACGCAACUUUGUUGAAAAGCAUUGUUGUUGAUCGAACAACGAUUCUGCUCCUCAACUGUGGAUUUGUCAUCACUGCCUUCAUCAUUGCCUUCAUGUUGAACUGGAGGUUAACUCUAGUAGUUCUAUCUAUGUAUCCGUUAAUUAUCAGCGGCCAUUUUAGUGAGAAGCUUUUCAUGCAAGGAUUUGGCGGGAACUUAAGUAAAGCUUACCUUGGUGCUAAUAUGCUUGCUGGUGAAGCUGUAAGCAACAUGCGAACUGUUGCUGCGUUCUGUGCAGAAGAAAAGGUUGUUGAUCUGUAUGCUCGUGAGCUAAUUGAACCUUCAAAGCGUUCAUUUACACGUGGGCAGAUUGCUGGGAUCUUCUAUGGUGUCUCCCAAUUCUUCAUCUUCUCUUCUUAUGCUCUUGCUUUAUGGUAUGGAUCUGUUUUAAUGGGAAAGGGGAUAUCUGGGUUCAAAUCUGUCAUGAAGUCAUUUAUGGUAUUAAUUGUGACGGCAUUAGCUAUGGGUGAAACUUUGGCAAUGGCUCCAGAUCUGCUUAAAGGCAACCAAAUGCUUGAAUCAGUUUUUGAGGUGCUAGACCGAAGGACCGAGGUGAAGGGUGACUCAGGGGAAGAACUAACCAAGGUUGAAGGAUCUAUAGAACUGCGAGGAGUUGAAUUUAUCUACCCAUCUAGGCCUGAUGUAAUAGUUUUUAAGGACUUUAAUCUAAAAGUUCGCGCGGGAAAAAGUAUGGCACUGGUUGGGCAGAGUGGUUCUGGCAAGAGCUCAGUGAUUUCUCUUAUACUUCGGUUUUAUGAUCCAACUGUUGGGAAAGUGCUGAUUGAUGGUAAGGACAUUAGGAGACUCCAGCUAAAAUCUUUGAGGAAGCAUAUAGGUCUAGUCCAGCAAGAACCGGCUCUAUUUGCGACAUCUAUAUACGAGAACAUUGUCUAUGGAAAGGAGGGAGCUACCGAAUCUGAAGUGAUUGAAGCAGCUAAGCUUGCUAAUGCACACAGUUUCAUAAGCGGUCUUCCUGAAGGAUACAACACUAAGGUAGGUGAGAGAGGAGUACAACUCUCUGGGGGCCAGAAGCAGAGAGUAGCCAUUGCAAGGGCAGUCCUUAAGAAUCCUGCCAUAUUGUUAUUAGAUGAAGCAACCAGUGCCCUCGAUGUGGAGUCUGAACGUGUGGUACAACAGGCUCUGGACAGGCUGAUGAAGAAUCGUACUACAGUCGUGGUGGCGCAUAGGCUGUCCACCAUAAAAAAUGCUGAUCAAAUAUCAGUGAUACAGGAUGGUAAGAUUGUAGAGCAGGGGACUCAUUCAAGUCUUAUAGAGAAUGACAAUGGACCAUACUGUAAGCUAAUCAAUUUACAGCAGCAGCAGCACUAAAAAAUGGAGAAUAUACAUGAUUGAUAUGACUUCAGAUCUUUCUUUUUUUUUUUUUUUUUUUUAAUAUAGUAUUAAUGGGCUGAGGGGAAUCAUUAUUUUAUUAAGACCUUUGUUAAGGUUUUGGUUGAGUGGUAAUUUGUUUUUGGGUAGGAUGAAUUGGGUGGCUUUUUUACUAGUUCCAAUCAUAUAGAUGUAUAGAUUUGAAUUGCUAAAUUUGCAUAUAAAGCCAAUUGAAUUUAAUAAAAGAUAAUAGAAGUAUAAAAGGAUCAAUGAAAAUGUGUGGGUUCUGUUUAUUUA